GGUGGGACCAUGCAUUUCAGUGCGCUAUUCGUCACCACACGACCCAGAGAACGUAGCUUAAUGGCGCUUUGCUCAGACACCCCCUAUGUUUUGUGAGAUGUAACUGCGUCUGAAGGCUGUGAGAGAUAAGUGGAAAGUCCCUAACACUGGAAAUCCCCUUUGUCUGCCUGGGCUUUUCCGCAGUCUGCAUGAACUACAUUAAGUUGGAGGACGUGAUCUAUGCUUUGACAUGUAGAGUAAACAUACCAACAUAUAAUUGAUUGUGAAGAAGGCUGAAUGGCGCUGUUUGGACUGCUGCGGUUACCCUGAUUGAAGUGGCAGAGGACUACCAGGAGCAUCCUUAGGGCUUUGUUGGUGGUCUUAUUGUACAGUUCUGCAUUGGUACACGUUACAUCUGGUGAACACCAUGUCCCAGGGACAGAAUUUCCUGCCCAAGUUCCUCUUUGUGAGUAACCUGCUGAAAGCGGUCAAGAUCCGGGAGCGGGUGCCCAACGAUGUAGUGAAGCCUGCGGGCAGUGAAAGCCUGAUGCACCACCUGCGGGGCAUGCACCGGUACACCCUAGAGAUGAUCAGCAUGAGCCAGUUCCCUCAGGCCUUCCAACAGGUCAUUCAGGCAGCCAUCUUGGACAGGGCCAUGCAGAGCUCCCUAGAGCAGGAGAAGAAGCUCAACUGGUGCCACGAGGUCAAGAAAAUGGUACCACUGAGGACCAAUGGAGAUGGGAACUGUCUUCUCCAUGCUGCCUCUCAGUACAUGCUGGGGGUGCAGGACACAGACCUGGUCCUGAGGAAGGCCCUGCACAGUGUGCUCAAGGAGAACGAAACAGGCAACUUUAGAGCCCGUUUCCAGACAGAGCUACUGCAGUCUCAGGAGUUCACCCAGACUGGCCUGCAUUACAGCACUAUGAAUUGGGAGGAGGAAUGGGAGAAGAUCAUCAAGAUGGCUUCGCCUGUGUCCAGCCGCAAUGGGCUGCAGUUUGACUCCCUGGAGGACAUGCACAUCUUUAUCCUCUCCAACAUCCUCCGCAGGCCCAUAAUCGUCAUCGCAG